AUGGACACAAAUGGUCAAUACUGUAAAGUUGAGAAGAGGCCUGAGCCGAACAAGUAUGUGACCCCACCUGAGGUUGUGUCCAACAUGGUGGCUAUCGCUUUUCUUGGUACCGCGAUUGGUCAACUGGUGUUUGGUAGGCUCAGUGAUCUAAUCGGUAGGUGUCGUGUGUACGGGUUGGCAUUGAUUAUUAUGGUGUUGAGCUCAAUUACAUGUGGGUUCUCUAUAUGCACCAUAAGGAACUGUGUACUAGUGAGUUUAGGGUUGUUCUGCUUCAUUCUGGGCUUCGGGGUUGGUGGGGACUAUCCCUUGUCGGCUACAAUUUUGUCGGAGUAUGCUAACAAGAGGACACGUAGGGGUUUUAUAGCAGCUGUGUUUUCAAUGCAGGGCUAUGGGAUCUUGGCUGCUUCGUUGGUCACGAUGGUGGUGUGCAAAAUAUUUGAACGUGCAGCUAAUAGAGUGUCAAAAGAUCAGACGCCAAAGGAAGCAAAUAUGGCAUGGAGGUUGAUACUGAUGCUUGGUGCAAUUCCUACUGGAUUAACAUUUUAUUGGCGAAUGAAGAUGCUCGAAACUGCCAGAUAUACAGCUUUGGUGGAGCAAAAUAUCAUCCAAGCAGCCAUGGACAUGGAGAAGGUGAUGGAAGUUCCAAUGAAUGAAAUUGCGGAAGAUAAGCUACUACCACCAAAUCCACCACCUUAUCCCCUCCUCUCCAAGCAAUUUUUGCGUCACCAUCGCCGUGAUUUAUUCUCUUUCUCUUUCACAUGGUUUCUUCUUGAUAUUGUUUUUUACAGCAGCAACCUAUACCAGCCUCGCAUAUAUUAUCAGCAUCUCCCAAAGAACGAAAAUGUGAACGCCUAUCAAGAUGCUUGUGAAGUUGCAAAAUUCCAAGCAAUUAUUGCAGCAUGUUCCACAAUUCCAGGCUAUUGGUUCACAAUUUAUUUCAUUGACAGAAUCGGCAGAGUCAAAAUCCAAAUGAUGGGUUUUUUCUUCAUGGGAUUGGCUUAUUUAGCACUUAGUGCAUCUAAUAACAAUAAACCGCAUAAAGGUUUUUUAGUCCUCUAUGGCCUCACAUUUUUCUUCGCAAACUUUGGACCAAAUACAACUACUUUUAUUGUGCCAGCAGAGCUUUUUCCAGCAAGAUUUAGAACAACAUGUCAUGGCAUUUCUGGGGCUAUUGGGAAGGUAGGGGCAGUUAUUGGAUCUGUAGGAUUUUUUUGGGCUUCAAAUGGUGAAGACGAGAAGAAUAGUCUUAAAGCAAUUGGAAUGAUUGCCUUAGCACUUGCUGGAGUUUGUUUGUUAGGGAUGACGGUGACUUCUACUUUCACUCGUGAAACUAUGGGGAGAUCAUUAGAGGAGAAUGAGAAUAAUGAUCAACCUAAUUAG